AAAUGGAGUCUUGGCAAGUCCAGCCGGCGGAUCCCACUCCCACUUCCCCACACGCUCUCCCACGCAGCCACGCUCCUCGCCCGCCGGCCAUGGCGGCGAUGCCGAUGCCGACGCCCCGGUCUCUCCUGCUGCUCCUUCUCCUCGCCACCCCCUUCCUCCUCCUCCCCCUCGCCGCCUCCGCCGCAGCCCCCACCUCCAACCCGGACAUCGACCUCGAGUACCUCAUCAAGAACGCCGGCCUCGACGACGACGCUCCGUCCACCCCCGACGACGACCCCGAGGACGGCGCAACGGACUUCCCCGGCCUCGACGCCGACUACGACGAGGAGGACCUCUUCGGCGACGACGACGGGCCCGAGGAGUCCUCCCACUCCCACCCCUCGGCGGCCGACGAGGCCCACGUGCUCCUCCUCACCGCCGCCAACUUCACCGCCGUCCUCGCCGCCCGGCGCCACGUGAUGGUCGAGUUCUACGCGCCCUGGUGCGGCCACUGCCGCGCGCUGGCGCCCCACUACGCCGCCGCCGCGACGCACCUCGCCGAGCAGGGCGUCGACGUGGCGCUGGCCAAGGUGGACGCCACGGAGGAGCACGAGCUGGCGCAGGCGCACGGCGUGCAGGGCUACCCCACCCUCCUCUUCUUCAUCGACGGCGUGCCCAGGGACUACGCCGGCGAGAGGACCAAGGACGCCAUUGUCGCUUGGAUCGGCAAGAAGCUGGGCCCUGCGGUGCAGAACCUCACCACCGUCGACGAGGCGGAGAAGGUCGUCACCGGCGACGACGUGGCCGUGCUCGCCUACCUCGACCACCUCUCGGGUGUGCACAGCAAUGAGCUUGCUGCUGCCUCAAGGCUGGAAGAUACCGUCAGCUUCUAUCAGACUACCAGCCCUGAUCUGGCCAAGCUUUUCCACAUCGACCCGGAGGCAAAGCGCCCGUCAGUAGUCCUGCUGAAGAAAGAGGAGGAGAAGUUGACCGUAUUUGAUAACUUUCGAGGGGGACCGGACAGUGGUAGAGAUGUACAAGUUCCUCAAGAAGCAUGCCGCCAUCCCUUUCAAGCUCAAGCGCCCGGACUCGUCAGCGGCACGGACCGACAGCGCCGAGGGCCCAGGCUCGACCACCGACAGCGAGAAGAGCUCCGGCUCGAACCCGAAGGACGAGUUGUAGGGGAUUACUUACGCCAUUGACAACAAGUACGAGGAGGCGCCGAUGAUGUCGAAAUCAGGAGGUGGGGAAGGAAUGGCUAAGCUAGGUAUCAACCAACCUUGGCUGCUGCAAGUGUAUGCUGACAACACAAAUAUUAACUGCUGUAGAAUCCAAUAAAAUAUUAACUGCCGCCAUCCACUAAUUCUUAGUACUACAUACAUCUUCUUGUCUUCGUAUUUUCAAACUCUAUAUGCAUUCA